CAGGAAGUAGUCGUGUUACUUUCUUCUGCUCCUCCUCCUCUUUAGUCUUUGCGUGAAACGAGUAAAAGUAAAAAGGGACAAGUUACUCUGACAGACGGGAACUGACAAGAGAACACUUUUGACGUCUCUGUGUUGUUUGUGUAGGUUCACUUUGCUUCUUGUCAUCGGGGACACGGUGGAGAAAUGUCUUCAGGAGGAAGGAGGGAGUGAGGAGGAGGAGAAGCGGUCACGUUCCAAAGGUAAAAGAUGAAGUAGAUUCCUGGAACAGUCACCCGGGAGGUUUGUGCCUUGAACCCAAGAUGAGUCCUGCCCUUCAUCGCAUUUCAUUUGUCUUUGCCUCAGCUGACACUCCAUUGUGUCUUUUUGAGAUUGGGAGGCGUGCAACUAGCCAAAAAAGCAAGAGUCAUCUUUUUUUGACCAUGCCCUUGUGAUGAAACGCGCCUCCUCCUCCCAUAUCCUUUUCCUGUUGUGUCACAUAAGGCCUUGUCUUUCUCGCCAAACCCCGUCCUCCUGUUCAGCCUCUUGCUCCCUAUGAGUUUCAUGGCCAUGCUCCGCAAGAAAAGUUCUGUCAUUCUCUGUGGUGUGUUCCUGUUUAUCACAUGGAAUGCCAUACUGGUGCUUCUGCUGUGGGGCAGACCACCCUCUGGGCAGCCGGGUGAACCUGGGCGACAACAGAGUCUGGUGAUCAAAGUGCCUCCCAAUGAUGUCUUGGCCGAGGUGCUCCAUAUGGUGGAGACAUUUGAGAAAGAGCUGGAGAAUCAGAAAAAAAUCCUGCAACAGAUAAAAACUCAUCGAACGUUCAGGAUGUCAUCAAACAGAAGCAAACUUCAGGUCGUCGCCCCUCAGCCGGUCAUUCCUGUCCUGGUUAUUGCCUGUAACAGGGCCACCGUAAAGCGCUGUUUAGACAGUCUCUUGAAGCACCGUCCUUCACCUGAGCUUCACCCGAUCAUAGUCAGCCAGGACUGUGGGCAUGCUGAGACAGCGGAGGUUAUUCAUUCCUAUGGGAACCAGAUAACUCAUCUGAAACAGCCUGACCUGUCUGAUAUAGCCGUGCCACCUCAGCACAAGAAGUUUCAAGGUUAUUACAAAAUCUCCAGGCAUUACCGCUGGGCUCUCAACCAAAUGUUCAGGACCCUGUCCUAUUCUUCUGUGGUGAUUGUAGAGGAUGACCUGGAGGUGGCGCCAGACUUCUUUGAGUACUUUGGAGCCUUACUGCCACUAUUGAAAUCUGACUCCAGUUUGUGGUGUGUAUCAGCUUGGAAUGACAAUGGAAGAGAAGGAUAUGUGGAUCCAGGGAAAGCUAAUCUGCUCUACCGGACAGACUUCUUUCCUGGCCUGGGGUGGAUGCUCCUCAAGGAGCUCUGGGAUGAGCUAGAGCCAAAGUGGCCUGCUUCAUUCUGGGAUGACUGGCUGCGCCAGCCAGAACAACGCCGCAACCGUGCCUGUAUCCGCCCAGAAAUUUCACGAACUAUAACCUUUGGGCGGCAAGGUGUGAGUCUGGGUCAGUUCUAUGAGAAAUAUUUGCGUUUCAUUAAGCUGAAUUCUGAAUUUGUGCCUUUUACAAAGUUAGACCUGAGUUACUUGAAGGAGGAGAUGUAUAGAGAGAGCUUUGAGAAGGAAGUUUAUAGUGCGCCUGUGGUCACAUUUGAAGAUGUUAAGCAGGGGCAGCUAAAGGGACCUGGGCCCUUUUGUCUUCAGUACUCUAGUAAGGACAGUUUCAAAGUGUUUGCCAGAAACUUAGGAAUUAUGGAUGACUUGAAGUCCGGAGUCCCAAGGACAGGGUAUAGAGGAAUUGUCAGUGUGUUCUCAAGAGGGCGGAGAAUCUUCUUGGCCCCUCCUCCAGGCUGGACCCAGUACGAUCCUUCUUGGAGCUGAUGGUUCAAAAGAAAAUAGCCUGUACCCCCCCCCCCCCCCCCCCCCCCCCUUCACCAGUCUUUAGAUGACAAAGGAAGAGCAUUCCAGACCAAAGACUGAUUUAGCAAAAUCUCAGUUUGAUUUGAUUGAAUGAUACAUGUUAUAUUUCACUGUCAUUGAUAAUGCAGAAUGGAGUAUAUUGGGUCUGGGGUUCUUGUUGAUACUACUCAGGUCUUUUUCAUUGUUUCAAAGAAUGUGUUUUACUUUGUAAACAGUUUGUUACAGAGACAUGUUAUAAACACAUCAGAGAUCUAUUUUAUAUUAUGCCAAAUGUGCACAUGACAUUCAUGAAUGCAUUCAAUGCAUUUACCUGUUAAAGGGGUCACAUUGUGCCGAAUCAGUGUUAAUUAUGAUUUGGGUUUCACAUUAACAAUCACCGAACUCCCACAGUUCUAAUUGUUUACACAUGAGCUGCCUUGUUCUUAGAGGAGAAAAAAGUGCAUCUGAAACAAGCCAUUUUAGGUUUGUGGUAUAUGUCACUGAAAUCUGGCUUUACUUCUUUUGAGCUGCUGCCUGUCUAUGCUGUGUAACAUACUUACAUAGUACCAGAGAAAGUGCUUUUAUUAUUUAAAUAAUGCAUCACCUCGCUGUCUGUUAUUUAGCACCUGAUCACAAGCAAUAGCAUCUGGGGAAGAAUGUGUAAUAGGACCUCUUUAAAUUUGCCACUUUUGUUUAAAUUAUUCAUUGCUGCAGGUUGCAUGUCAUGUCUGAUUUUGUUGGUGGUCACUGGUCAUAGCUGCAGUAAUUGUCACAUUGUUUCAUGAUUCUCAAGUGUUGCCCUGUGAAUCACAAGAUUUUAUUUUUUAUUAAACACUGUAGUGUG